UCACACGGGCGCACCGGCUCUGACUCCAGGGCGGUGCUGCUCACCCCCUCCGUGGGGGCACACGUGGAGCGCAUGUGGUUUUAAAAGGAGGCGCUACGGCCCAGGGCUAUGUGUUUUGUUUUGUUAUUUGGCCACGAUAUCUGUUACGUACUAAUUUCCUUUAAGACUUGUGAUGAAGUCAGUAAACCACAGCCUGCAGCGAGUGCUCUCUGGGCUGGUGCUUUCCGCUAUGACAUGCACUUGACAUGUCCGUUCCUGAGUUUGGCAGGCCAGUCUCGCUCUGUCUCUUGCAACAUGGACCAAAGGGAAAUUCUGCUGCAAAAUCUGGAAAGGACCCAAAGCAAGAAGCUCAACCAAGAAGCAUUUGUAGAGGAGUUUUUGAAGCUGAAAAGGCAGUCAACAAAAUACAGAUCGGAUAAAAUCUACCCUACAGCUGCAUCUGAGCACCCAGAGAACAUCAAGAAGAACAGAUACAAAGACAUCUUACCCUUUGACCACAGCAGAGUGGAGCUGUCCCUGAUCACAUCAGAUGCAGAUUCUCAUUACAUCAAUGCCAACUUCAUCAAGGGCGUCUAUGGGCCAAGAGCAUACAUUGCAACCCAGGGUCCUCUCUCCACUACUGUCAUUGACUUUUGGAGGAUGAUUUGGGAGUAUGAAGUCCUGAUCGUGAUCAUGGCUUGUAUGGAGUUUGAAAUGGGAAAGAAAAAAUGUGAGCGGUACUGGGCAGACCUGGGUGACUCCUCCCUGCAGUGUGGGCCCUUCUCCAUUGCCUGUGAAGCUGAAGAAAAGAAAAAUGAAUAUGUGAUCAGGACUUUAAAAGUGACCCUGAAUGAAGAAAUCCGCACCAUCCACCAAUUCCACUAUCAAAACUGGCCAGACCAUGAUGUUCCCUCUUCCAUUGACCCCAUUCUUGAGCUCAUCUGUGAGGUUCGCUGCUACCAGCCAGAUGACAGCAUUCCCAUCUGCAUCCACUGCAGUGCUGGCUGUGGGAGAACAGGAGUCAUCUGUGCAAUCGACUACACCCAGAAGCUGCUGAAGGAUGGAAUUGUUCCAGUGAACUUCAGUAUUUUUAGUCUGAUCCAGGAGAUGCGCACACAAAGGCCUUCAAUAGUGCAGACCAAGGAGCAGUACAAGCUGGUUUAUGAUGCUGUUAUUGAACUCUUCAAAAGGCAGAUUAAAGCGCUUGAUGCCCAGGAAAAUUCUGCUGCUUCACAGAUUCAAACCAGGCAUCCUGUACCCAAGCCACUUCUGACUUCAGUGGAAGAUAUUUAUUCUCUGAGUUUACUAACCUGCUCAGGGCAAGAGGACCAGAAUGUGCAUCAACAUUUUUCUCCAGUGGUACGAAACGAAGCAUCACUGGCAUCUUUGUCUGCCAAGGGAGAGCAUGGCAGCUCUGGGGGUAGAAUCCCUUCCCUCAGACAGGCCAUCUCCUUUGGUACUCUGAACUUCAGCAACAGCAGGAAUGCAGCUGCUGCCGAGAUGUGGGGCACAAGGGAAGCUCUCCAAAAACACCACAGUUUGGAGUUCAGCAGCAGGUCCUCUGGGCAGCUGCUUGUGGACCUGGAGCCGCAGAGAGCAGGAGGGAAAGGGGCUCAUGGCAAAGCACCUCUGACACGGACCACAUCGACCCCCUUUGUGCUGGAGCAGCAGGGAGAAACCUGGGCUUGUGAUGGAGGGGAUGCGAAGCCCAUUUUCAGUUCUCAGUCACCAAAUGCCUGUUACUCAAGCUUCCAGGAAAAGCAGCAGGAUGGAUUUUCCCCUGAUGAGCUGAACCACUCAAGCCAAGUAGCAGAAGCCUCCCCAGGCCACAGGAACUGUGGGCAAUGUCCUUAUCGUUACUUCUGUUCGGCAGAAGACCCCUACUUCUCUUCGCUCUCACCAGAUGACCCGCUAUCCCCGGAGCUGGCAGUGGGGCAGGACACACAAGGCCCUCAUUGUGUGGUGGCCAGCUCCCCACCACCCAGGCCUGCAUCCCACCACAUUCACUACCCAAGUGCUGGGAGGACGUCCUCGCUGAGUAAUCUGACCACAUCUCCUCAAUUAGACGUCCUGCCCCAGCCAGAUGAUGAUGACCCUCCGCCCCUGCCUGAGCGAACCCCUGAGUCCUUCAUUGUGGCUAGUGAAUCGGGAGAAUUUCCUCUAGCCACUUCUGAUUUUCAGCUUCCAUCCAGAAAUAAAAAUAUUGGAACCUCUUUGGAGUGGAGUGGUGAGUCUCACUCAGAUGUGUUUAAUGACACAGUGAGACUGAGACCAUGUAAGAGUAUGAAGCUUCGGAGCUCACGAUCAGAGACAAACCGGGAUCGCUCUAACUCUCCUCCCCCGCUUCCUGAAAGAACCCCAGAGUCGUUUGUUCUUGCUGAUACAGCAAGUAUGCAGCCUGCUCCAAGAAAUUCUACUAGUUCUCUGGAUUUGAGGAACAAUGCUUCUGAAGCAUCAUCAAAAGAGCCCGUGAAAUGCUUUAGGAGAAGCAAGAGUUUGAAAAUACUGAAAAACAUGAGAAAAAGCAUCUGUAGUCCAUCUUCACUGACAAAACCAUCAGAAUCUGCCCCAUCAAACCACCUGAGCUCUUUCCUUAAUUUUGGCUUUGCAAGUCGAUUUUCAAAACCAAAAGGACCAAGAAAUCCACCACCGGCAUGGAAUAUUUAGAUUCGGUGUUACAGAUUUGUGAAUACCUUCUGAUAUGCCUUGAGUGCUCAUCCCAGUAAGGUUUCCAUCAAAAUAAAUACAUCAAAAGGUGUUACAUGAUAUAUUGCAGAUGAGGCACUACUUGCACAUUCUUCAUGAACUAAAGUUUUAAGGUAAAGAAGAACAGGUAAACACGAGCAGCUAGGCACUUUCAGUUAAUUUAUAACAGGAUGGAUAUUAAAACCGGGAAUAGAUAUUUUAUUAUAAAUAGUGACAUUUUUAUUGUGUUUUGGAACCUAUUCACUUCAAAAUGAUGUAUUUAAGCUUUCUGAAACAAAACACUGUACAUUGGGAAUAGAUUCCAGGGAGGACUGUUGAAUGAAGGGACGUCCAAUUUGGUCCAAGUGCAGACCGGACCAAAUCAAAACAAGAAGCUGGAGAUCCUGCCAACAUAGCAUCUGUGUAACUGCAAUCAUGUGCAGUUUUAUUGUAAUCAAAUUAAAUUUCCUUAUACUGCAUUUCCUUAUACGUUUACAUUAGUUGAAUGAACAGAGAAUUAGAAAGAAAUUAUCUUUCAGUUAAUUGAAUGUUUUGUUUUUCCAUCUGAGUGAAUCCAGGUAUUUUUUUCUAGAUUUUUGGUUAACAAGUCUCAGAUGCUGAUGGGUCAUACAGCAACUGAGCUCAUGUAACAAGCUGCACAAUUAGCUGACCCGACCGUCCUCACUGUAUGAAACAAACCAAAAAAACGCAGCAAGGGAAAUGUCGAUGCCUCCAAGGCAAUGCCGUGUGUAAGGACGUGUAACCUUUUAGCACAGACAAACGGUGUGUAAGGGCGUGACCCUCCAGCAGACACACGGUGUGUAAGGAGGUGUGACCCUUCAGCACAGACACACAGUGUGUAAGGACGUGUGACCCUUCAGCACAGACACAAGGUGUGUAAGGGCGUGUGACCCUCCAGCAGACACACGGUGUGUAAGGACGUGUGACCCUUCAGCACAGACACAAGGUGUGUAAGGGCGUGUGACCCUCCAGCACGGACACACAAUGUGUAAGGGCAUGUGACCUUCCAGCACGGACACACGGUAAGGACGUGUGACCCUUCAGCACAGACGCAAGGUGUGUAAGGACGUGUGACCCUCCAGCAGACACACGGUGUGUAAGGACGUGUGACCCUUCAGCACAGACACAAGGUGUGUAAGGACGUGUGACCCUCCAGCACGGACACACAAUGUGUAAGGACGUGUGACCUUCCAGCACGGACACACGGUAAGGACGUGUGACCCUUCAGCACAGACACACGGUGUGUAAGGGCGUGUGACCCUCCAGCAGAGACAACGCGUGUAAGGACGUGUGACCCUUCAGCACAGACACAAGGUGUGUAAGGCCGUGUGACCCUCCAGCAGACACGCGGUCCGCGUGACGCGGCGGGCGCCGUUUCUGGACCGAUCCGUGUGGUUCCCUCACGCAGUCCCUGCGGCCCCCCGAGGCGGCCGCGGAGCGGUUUGAGGCGCUGGACAACGCCGGAACUCGGACAGCCGCAUCCAAGUCGGGGACCGCGCAACCCGCGGAGCGCCCCGCGACGCGCUGCACAAGCAAAUAAAGUGCGUUUGCGCGACGCCUGACACGAGCUGCGCGAGCCCAGUUUGUUCGCGG